CAAAAGUGUUACAGCCCUGCAGGCUCUGCUCUGCCCAGGGUCGUCUCUGCUCCGCCGCAAAAGAAGGGUCGGGCUGCUGAGAGCGACGGGAUGAAGGCGAAGGCCACCGCGCCGGUGUCCCAACCUGAGCCUGCCAAGAAGCUCGCUCGGAAGAAAGCCAGGAAGAGGUUCAAGAAGAGCAAAGCGCAGGGAGGAAGCGUGGCCCCGGGAAGCCUCCCGGCCGCUGUCGCAGGCCGACCGCCAAAGGCCCCAGAGAACUUUUCUCAAAACUGGAAGGCGCUCCAAGAGCUGCUGAAACAGAAGUCACAAGCCCCAGAAAAACCACUUGUCUCUCAGAUGGAUGACAACAUGCAUCCCCAGAUAAUCCAGCAGAACAAAAAAGAGACCUCAGAUAAAUCAAAGGAAGAUGGGAAGAGGACAGAAAAAGACCAGACCAUCAGGGGUUCUGUUACGGCUCCACCUAAGAAGGACAAGAAGAGACCUGGACCUCCCACAAAUUCCUCUGGAACAGAACAGAAGAAAGGUGCCAAGAAGAGGACACACAGUGACAUCUCUUCUCAUCAGGGGGACAUCAAGCCUAAGUGGAAAGCUAAGGAGGCAGCUGUCGUCUUGAAUCAGUCCUCACCUACUGAGGAGGACAUCUGGUUUGAUGAUGUGGAUCCAGAUGAUAUUGAGGCUGCCAUAGGCCCAGAGGCAGCCAUGCUGGUACGGAAGCGGCUGGGACAGAAGAGCAAGAGAGCCCUCUCCCUGGAGAAGGAACAGGCCUUUAGCGGCCUGACAAAAGCCUUGGCCCUGGAUUGUGAGAUGGUAGGCGUGGGUCCCAAUGGGGAAGACAGCAUCGCAGCCCGUGUGUCCAUCGUGAACCAGUAUGGGAAAUGUGUUUAUGACAAGUACGUCAAGCCAACUGAGCCGGUGACAGACUACAGGACAGCAGUCAGUGGGAUACGGCCUGAGAACCUGAAGCAGGGAGAAGAAUUUGAAGUGGUGAAGAAGGAAGUGGCAGAAAUGUUGAAGGGCAGAAUCCUGGUUGGACAUGCGCUGCACAAUGAUUUAAAGGUUCUGUUCCUUGAUCAUCCAAAGAAGAAAAUCAGAGACACCCAGAAAUUCAAACCUUUCAGGAGUCAAGUAAGGAGUGGAAGGCCAUCUCUGAAACAACUUUCUGAGAAAAUUCUGGGGAUCAAGGUCCAGCAGGCAGAGCAUUGUUCGGUCCAGGAUGCCCAGGCGGCGAUGAGGCUUUACAUCAUGGCAAAGCGGGAGUGGGAGAGCAUUACUGCAGACCGGCGCCCCCAAGCCGCCACCACCCCAAACCGCUGCAGCGAGUACGCUUAGCUUCAACUGCUGUCACCACCCCACCAUCCUUCAGUGACUCCUCACUCCAGCGGCAGUUGGGACGGCGACACAGAGGCCCAUCAGGUCUCUGCACAGCAGGGACUCAACUCUGCUGAGCAUUUUCAGAACCAUGGCUGCAAGGGUGUGUCAUGUGAGCUGCUGGAACUUCUUCCUCAUGAACUCUGCUCCCAGGACCUGGUCCUGCAGCUGUGUGUCGAGAUAGACUAGUCAGAUACCAGGACAGAAGUCAGGGGUGUGAUGCAGCUUCAGAGGAAGGAGAGCAUUGGAAUGAAUGAGUGUGCUGCAGUGUCUGUUUGCUGACUUCCUGUACUUAACAAUGAACAAUGAACAUAGCUGGAUUCAGCCAGCGAACUCAUUGUGGGUAAGGGAUAAGCACUGCUGCACCUAAGGGUCCAGGCUAAGGGCCUUAUGUCUGCUGCAAGCCAGUCUGUCCAGUACAGCAGCUGCCAAUGAGGACUUUCUUAAAGCUGCCGCACUAGGGCUACUUCCUCACUCCUAUGACCCUUGGUUGGCCCAGAGUCAUCUAAAAUGCUAAACAUCCAGUACAGUGUUCUCCACACAGUCCUUGGAGUGAGACUUGGGACACAGAUACACCUGGAGGUGUAAGAUCCUAUUGCCUGGGCACUGCGAACAGAAAGGCAGUCUGCCUGCUGUCUGCUAGCAACAAGUGCGGAGUGACCAGUUAACUUCAUGGACAACUCUUAUGGAGCUGGGUGUGACUCAGCACUCGUCCACUAUGUGUAAGACCCUGGGUCCCAUUCCCAGCACUGUCAAAAAUAAAUGGAUGGAUAAAUGGA